UGAAGUUUGAGCUCCGUUAUUCUGCCGCACAUUGCACUGGACUUACGAGCUCAACACGCGCUGGCCAUAUUACUUUAAAACUUUAAUUUCUUACAGAGAAAGAAAGAACUAGUGUGUGUUUUUGAAGGGACUUUUUGCAGUUUGGAGGAUUUUUUUUUUGUUCUGUUAGAGUGCUGAAACUUUUUUCCUUUCUUUACAAUGGAAACUUUUCCAUCACUGGCAUUAUGAGCAGAGGAGAGAGAAGGAGAACUCUAUGGGCUUUCCAGCACGGGCUCCCUCUGCAACUAAAGACAUUUUAAAUGUAUGCUUUUCUACAUUUAAGGGAUUUUGCAUUUGUGGUGUUUUUUGCAUUUAUACCUGUUGCAUUGCAGACAUUUUUGCACUGAUGCCUGUUGCAUAUAAGUGCAUUUUACACAGAAGAAUAUCAGUACUUCCCUCUGCACAGAAUUUCUGUUAGAAGCCCACUAAGGAAAAUAUUUGCAUUGCUGCAUAAGAAAUACAUGCAAAGCCCGACUUUGGAUUGUUCUUGUUUUUCCUCUGUGUUCUUCGUACUUGGAGUGGAUGCAUCUCUGUUUGAGAGAGUUGGACUGGAACUUUCAGCAUGGAGCCUUCAGGUAGGAGUCUGUCUGCGUUUCACCUGCUUUUGUUGAUUUUAUGGACUUUAUGGCAACGGUCCUCAUCCAGCCAAGUUCGUCACGAGUUCCACGUUUUGGAGGAGCAGCCGGUCGGCACUUAUGUGGGCACUGUGGACCCAAAACCAGGAUUUACCUACCGUUUUGGCGAGAGCCACAAGCUGUUCACCAUCAAUGGCACGAAUGGCGUCAUACGUACAUCCUCAGUGAUCGACCGAGAGACCCUGCCGAGUGACAUAAUCAAUGUCGUGGUGCUGUCCAGCCAGCCCACAUACCCUACGGAAGUCCGAAUUGUUGUUCUGGAUGUGAACGACAACGCUCCUGCAUUCCCAGAUGCGACCAUUGCGGUUUCGUUCAGAGAGGACGCAGUUGGGGGCAGGCAGGUCAUCCUGGACACUGCUACAGAUGCAGACAUUGGUGUCAAUGGAGUGGAUCACAACACCUAUCGGAUCAUUAGCGGCAAUGAGAAAGGAACAUUUCGCCUGGAUGUUACUGUGAACCCCAGUGGAGAGGGUGCCUUUUUGCAUUUAGUGACCACAGGUGGCUUGGAUAGGGAGCUCACUUCCUUCUACCAGCUUCUUGUUGAAGUCCAAGACAAAGGGGAACCCAAAAAAUAUGGCUAUCUCCAAGUAAAUGUCACCGUUCAGGAUGUCAAUGACAACCCGCCCAUGUUUGACUUGGAUCAGUAUCAGACAAGUGUGUUUGAAGAUGCAGCUGUAGGGUCUAGUGUUUUGCAAGUUGCAGCCACAGAUCAGGAUGAAGGUGCUAAUGCAGACAUCAGGUACUUUUUAGAUGAAGGAACUCCCUUCCAAAUAGACCCGAAAACAGGUACUAUUAUUAUUAAAGAGUCUUUAGAUUAUGAGAGUAAAAAAGAAUAUUCCUUCACCAUACAUGCGACAGAUAAUGGAGUCCCUUCACUUUCAGGAAGGACAGAAGCAACAAUUAAACUUCUUGACGUGAAUGAUAAUGAUCCUGUGGUUAAGUUUAGGUACUUCCCUACCACUUCAAAAUUCGCUUCUGUUGAUGAAAAUGCGCAAAUUGGAACAGUAGUAGCAUUAUUGACUGUUUCCGAUUCAGAUUCCUCUACAGCUAAUGGUAAUAUAUCUGUUUCUAUUCUUGGAGGGAAUGAGCAGGGCCACUUUGAAGUGCACACUUCUCCCGUCCCCAACCUGAGCUUAAUUAAAGUGGCCAGUGUGCUAGACAGAGAGCGGAUAUCCUCUUAUAACCUUACAGUAUCUGUGUCGGAUAAUGGAAAACCUGUGGCUCGAUCCUCUUUUGCUAGCUUAGUCAUAUUUGUGAAUGAUAUUAACGAUCACCCACCCAUAUUCCAGGAAGCAGUCUAUAGGGUUGAUAUUAGUGAGGAUGUUCCCAAAGGCAGCUAUAUUAAAGGUGUCUCUGCCACUGAUGGUGAUUCUGGGCAGAAUGCUAACCUGCGCUACUCGCUAGUGUCGGGAAACAGUUUGGGUUGGUUCGCCAUUAGUGAGAACAGUGGCCUGGUCACUAGUGCAGCCAUACUUGAUAGGGAAACUGCAUCUGAAAUCAUACUGAACAUAAGUGCCAAAGACCAAGGCCUGCAACCUAAGAUCUCAUACACCACACUGAUUGUGAACAUCACUGAUGUGAACGAUCAAGUCCCAACGUUCACACAAAACAUGUAUCAUAUAUCUCCGGUUGAGCAUUCACCAGCUGGUAGUGAACUUCUACUACUGUCUGCCAUAGAUACAGAUCUUGGUGCCAAUGGCACGGUACGGUUCACAUUUGACCCAGAAACACCAGUUAAUGUGCAGGAGCUAUUCCGGUUAGAUGCAGUAACAGGGAGGUUAAGCACUACUUCUGAGCUGGAUAGGGAAGAACAGGGUUCCUACCUACUAUAUGUUAAAGCUACCGAUGGAGGUUCUCCUCCUUUACACUCUAAUGCUAAAGUCAACAUCACAUUGAAAGAUAUUAAUGAUAACAAGCCCGUCUUUUACCCCAUGCAGUAUUUUGCUAACGUUAAAGAAAAUGAGCCUCCUGGAUCUUAUGUCACGACCGUGUCAGCCUCUGAUCCCGACCUGGGUCGAAAUGGCACCGUCAGAUAUGUCAUCACUGCCGGAGACACUUUUAAGUUUCACAUCAACAGCAACACAGGCAAAAUCACAACAUUAGUGCUUCUGGACAGGGAAGAGAAAACAACUUACCAGCUGCAGGUUUCCGCCAUAGAUGGAGGAGAUCUGCGCUCACAUACACAAGCCAUUGUAACCAUCAACGUGAUUGACACUCAGGAUAACCCGCCUUCAUUCAGCCAGAAGGAAUACAGCUUUGUAAUUUUUGAAAACAUGGUCCAUGGUACAGUGAUAGGAACUGUGUUUGCCACCACAGUCGACUUGAACACCAAUAUUAGUUAUCUGAUAGCAUCAGGAGACCAGAAAGGCCUUUUUUCAGUUAAUAGUGUAACAGGACAGAUAACAGCCACUGGAUUGAUUGACAGGGAGGAGCUGGCAUUUUAUCAGCUGAAGGUGAUCGCCAGAGGUGGAGAUGUUACAGGAGAAGCUUUAGUCAACAUCACAGUAAAGGAUCUGAAUGACAAUGCUCCUCAUUUUCUCCAUCCUGUGGAGCAUAUAAGUGCGGUGGAGAACUGGAAGACGGGUCAUCAUAUAUUUCAGGCAAAAGCUUUUGAUCCUGAUGAAGGUCCUAAUGGUAUGAUAGAGUACAGCCUCCAGCAAAACCCCAAAGGACUGUUUCAUAUACAUGAGAAACAUGGACUUAUCACACUUACUGGACCUCUAGAGGUCUCCACAAGCUCCUACCAGGUUGAGGUUUUGGCCUCUGACCGUGGCGUUCCCCGGCGCACCUCCACCCUCGUCUUGACUGUCAGUGUGUAUGACGUCAAUGACAAUUCACCUGUGUUUGACCAGCUCUCAUAUGAAGUUAUUAUCUUGGAGUCGGAGCCAGUGAACAGUCGUUUCUUCAAGGUGGAAGCUACAGAUAAAGACUCUGGAGUAAAUGGGGAAAUAGUGUAUGACAUUACUGGUGGGAACACUAAUGAUGUUUUUGGGAUUUUCCCUGAUGGACAAUUGUACAUUAAGGCAGAGCUUGACAGAGAAGUGCAGGACAGGUACAAUCUGCUACUGGUGGCACGGGACAGAGCGGUAGAGCCACUAAGUGCUAGCGUCAAUGUGACCAUUAUUCUGGACGAUGUCAAUGAUAACCGGCCACUUUUCAACAGCACAAAUUACGUGUUCCGUUUCAAGGAAGAGCAGCCGCGGGGUUCACUGGUUGGACAAGUUUUUGCUGAGGAUAAAGACUUUGGUCCAAACAGUGAGGUGAGGUACUCUUUUGAAACACCACAGUCAAACUUUGAGCUGAAUGCCAUCACUGGAGAAUUGACUAGCACACUACAAUUGGACAGGGAAUCUCUGAUGAGGCAGAGAGGUACAGCUGUUUUUACCUUCACGGUCAUUUCAUCUGAUCAGGGACUUCCCAAGCCUCUCAAAGACCAAGCCAAAGUGCAGGUCUACAUUCAGGACAUCAACGACAAUCCACCCAAGUUCACUAAGGACAUCUACCAGGCCUCCAUCUCAGAGUCAGCACAAAAUAUGACACAACUACUGAGGGUGUCUGCUUCAGAUGUGGAUGAAAACAAAAAUGGACUGGUGCGCUAUCGCCUCUUGGAAGGCAAUGAAGAAAACCAGUUCAGCAUUGACAGCAGCUCCGGUCAAGUCACACUUGUGGGGAAUUUGGACUAUGAAGCCACAUCCUCUUACUCACUUAAGAUCAUAGCUGAAGACUCUGGAGCAGUCCCACUGUCCUCUUCUUGCCUGCUGAGCAUUAGCAUUUUGGAUGAGAAUGAUAACUCUCCAUCUUUUCCAAAGUCCACCAUUACAGUAGACGUUCUUGAGAACAUGCGGAUUGGAGAGCUAGUGGCAUCCAUCACAGCGACUGACUCAGAUUCGGGUUCCAAUGCCGAUAUAACAUAUAGCAUCACAGCUAACAACAAUCAUGGCACUUUUAGUAUUAGUCCCAGUACUGGUAGCAUUUUCCUCAUCCGAAAGCUGGACUACGAAACUCAGUCCCUCUACAAACUGAACAUCACUGCAAAGGACAAUGGCAGGCCUCAAAGGUCUUCCUCCAUCCCUCUUAUUAUUCAUGUUCGAGAUUUCAAUGACAACCCUCCUGUUUUUACUCCUGGUGAUAUUUUUAAGUCCAUCCCUGAAAACCUUCCUCUGUCCACCUCUGUCAUGGCAAUCACAGCCCAUGACACCGAUGCAGAUAUUAAUGGGCAGCUAGAGUACUCAGUAGUCCAGCAAACACCGAGAGGAAGCCACUUCCGCAUCAAUCCAACCUCUGGCGUCAUCCUGACAAACAGCGAGAUUGACAGAGAGUUCUCAAAUAUGUUUGAGCUGACCAUCAAAGCAACAGAUCAGGCAGUCCCCGUUGAGUUCCGUCGUUUUGCACUGAAGAAUGUCACAAUCUGGAUCACAGACCAAAAUGACAAUGUUCCAAACUUCAUCUCCCAGAACGCUCUGGUGGCUGAACCCAACAUUGUAAUUGGCUCGAUCCUGACAACAGUUGUAGCUUACGAUCCUGAUGAGGGUGCAAAUGGUGAGGUGGAGUAUGAGCUGGUCAAAGGCGACUCAGACACUUUCAUCAUGGACAGGUACAGCGGUGACAUUCGACUGGCGUCCCAGCUCAUCCCUUCAAAACUCAUCUACAGUCUCAUCGUUUCUGCCACCGAUCAUGGUACAGAGCGAAAAACAUCCCGUACCGAAUUAACUAUCAUUUUACAGGGCGCUGAUGGGCCUGUUUUCUCUCAACCCAAAUACAUAACAAUUUUAAAGGAAGGUCAACCUCCUGGCACCAAUGUCAUCUCACUAGACGCGUCCAGCCCUCGUGGCUCUGGCACUAAAGUGGAGUAUUUCAUCGUGGCCGUCCGGAGUGGCGGGAAAGCCGUAGGAAGGCUUUUCACCAUUGGUCGUCACACAGGAAUGAUCCAGACAGCAAUGGAACUGGAUAGGGAGCAAGGAGCUGAUUUGUAUCUUCUAGAUGUCUACGCCAUUGAGACAGAGACCAGCCAACCCCGAACUCAGAGAGCUGAGGUGGAGAUCACGCUUCAGGACAUUAACGACAACCCUCCAGUUUUUCCCACUGACAUUCUAGACGUGACCGUCCAAGAAAACGUGGGUGAUGGAUUCAGGGUAAUGCAGCUAACAGCAACCGAUGCAGACGAGGGUCCAAAUGCACUGGUGACUUACACCAUCAUCAGUGGGGCAGAUGACAGCUUCCGUGUCGAUCCCGAAUCAGGUGACCUGAUUGCCACAAAGCGAUUGGACAGAGAACGACGAUCAAAAUAUUCUCUGCUUGUCCGAGCAGAUGAUGGACAGCAGUCAUCAGACAUGCGUGUCAAUAUCACCAUCAGUGAUAUUAACGAUCACAUUCCGAAGUUCUCUCGCUCCGUGUACUCUUUCGAUAUCCCAGAGGAUAUGGCUCCAGGCUCCAUUGUGGCGGCUAUUUUGGCGAGUGACUCGGAUUCCGGGUCAAAUGGUGAAGUGACCUACUCUCUCGAGGAAGACGAUGAUGAUUCCACCUUCCUUGUCAACCCUGUCACCGGAGUGUUUAAUGUAACGAGGCCACUGGAUUAUGAAAUGCAGCAGUAUUACAUCAUCACUGUGAAGGCGGAGGAUGGUGGAGGCCAAGCCAGCCUGGUCCGGGUGUAUUUUAACAUCCUGGAUGUAAACGAUAACAAGCCGACCUUCAACGCGUCCGUUUACAGCACAUCUGUCUCAGAGGACCUGAGUCUUGGGUCGCCUGUUCUUACCGUAGCAGCAAGCGACGCUGAUGAUGGUAUGAAUGCCCAACUGGCCUACAGCAUUGCAUCAGGAGACACUCAGGCCCAAUUCACCAUCACUAACUCUGGUGUCCUUCAAACUCGGAAACUUCUAGAUCGGGAGACUCAGUCCUUCUACAACCUUGUUAUCACUGUCAAUGACCUGGCUCCGCCUCCUGCCCUCCGCUUUACCAGUACUGCCCAGGUGUCAAUCAUUCUACUGGAUGUCAACGACUGCUCGCCCACGUUCAUUUCACAGAAGAUGGCUUACAUCCAGGAGAAUACAGCAGUGGAUACAGUGGUUUUUACAGCACAUGCGAUGGAUCCAGAUAGUGGGCCCAAUAGCUAUGUGGAAUAUUCACUUGGCGGCACAUACGGAAGCAAAUUUAGCAUUGGAAAUAUUGACGGUAAUGUAAAGUUGAUUGGCGAACUUGAUCGUGAAGAGAUGGCCAAUUACACACUGACUGUUAUCGCCAAAGACAAAGGGCAGCCACCACUGUCUUCCAUGAUGGAGGUUACCAUGGUGGUGUUGGAUGUAAAUGAUAAUACACCAAGCUUCUCCCAGAACAUCUAUGAUAUUGAGAUCGAGGAAAACACACUCACUGGUACUGACAUCCUUCAGGUGUUUGCUAGCGAUGCUGACGAAGGGACCAAUGGACAAAUCCGGUUCUCCAUUGCCGCAGGCAGUGGAAACUCUGAUUUCCGUAUUGAUUCAGUGACGGGUGCGAUCUCUGUUGCUAAGCUGCUGGAUCGGGAAACUCGGUCUUCAUAUUCACUGGUGGUUCAGGCUUCAGAUCGGGGGAGUAGCCCUCGAGUUGAUCGGGCUACGGUAAACAUUGUGCUGCUGGAUGUUAAUGACUGUGCACCUAUAUUCGAGCUCUCACCAUACACCAUCAACGUCCUGGAGAACCUGGGAAACCUUCCCAAGAACAUCUUACAGGUUGUUGCUCGUGAUGAUGAUUAUGGUCUGAACGGGCAGACGAGUUACACUCUGACUGGAGGGAACGAUGACAGCUCGUUCAGCCUGACGUCUAGCGGGCAACUCAGACUGGAAAAAACGCUCGAUCGAGAGAUCCAGGACCGUUACGAACUCAUCGUCAUUGCCAUUGACUCAGGUUCUCCCUCUCUGAGCGGAUCUGCUACAGUAACGGUUCUGGUUGAUGACGUAAAUGACAUGGUGCCACUUUUCUCCUCCUCCUCCUAUCACACCUCCAUUUCGGAGAAUGCUCCAACAGGAAGUGAUGUAGUGCUGGUCAAUGCCUCAGAUGGAGACGUGGGUCAAAAUGGAGUUAUUAGUUAUAGUCUGAGUGGAGGAGAUGGGCAGUUUUCCAUUAAUCCUGCCACAGGGCAAAUAAUAACCAGCUCACUUUUGGACCGAGAAAUACAAGGCAGUUAUGAACUGCUGGUGGUUGCAUCAGACAGUGGACACCCAAUACCCCUCUCUAGCUCAGCCACAGUUUCUGUAGUUAUUAACGACAUUAAUGAUAAUCCACCGCGAUUUCAUCACCACCCCUACGUCACACACAUUCCUGCCUCUACCACUCCAGGUUCAUUGGUGUUUGCUGUCACUGUAACAGAUGAAGAUUCAGGCUCCAAUGCUCAGCUGCACUACUCUCUGAGUGGCCGAAACUCUGAGAAAUUCAAAAUUGAUCCAAUCCGAGGAGCCAUCACAGCCAGUGAGAAACUCACUUCAUCUUCUGAGGUCACGUUUACGGUUCGCGUCAAAGACGGUGGAAGAAAUCCCAAAAUGGAUAGUACAACUGUAACUGUCCGUAUUGUGUCAGGUGGAGACUUUCCAGUCAUCAAUAUAAAAGAAAAAAGCUUCACUUUUCCAGAAAACCAAGCAAUCAACACUGUCGUUACCAAAGUUACAGGAUCAUCUACAAGAGCUGGCCCAUUAUCAUAUUACAUCGCGAGUGGCAACCUGGACAACGCGUUUCAUGUAGACCAGCUUUCAGGAGAACUGUCCAUCAAAAAGGCCCUAGAUUAUGAGAACAUUGACAAGUACGUGCUCUGGAUUGAAGCACGAGACCAAAGCUUUCCCCCCUACUCAGCAUAUGAGAAGAUCGAAAUCACAGUGUUGGACAUUAAUGAUAACAGUCCUAUAUUUGAGAAAGAACCAUUUGAUGCUGAGAUUUUGGAGAACCUCUCACCUCAGAGAGUACUUGUGGUGUCAGCUCUUGAUGAGGACAGUGGCCCUAAUGGGCAGUUGGAAUACGCUAUCACUGAUGGAAAUAAGGACAAUAGCUUUAGCAUAAAUCGGGCAACGGGAGAAAUUCGCACCACUCGACCCUUGGACAGGGAAAAGAUAGCUCAAUAUAUCUUGGGGGUAAAAGCUACAGACCGUGGUACAUCACCAAAAAGCACUGCAGUCAAAGUCAUCAUUAGUGUUCUGGAUGUGAAUGAUAACGCUCCAAGAUUUUCAAAAAUUUUUAGUGCUACAGUACCAGAAAAUGCACCUGUGGGUUACACGGUCACCCGUGUGACAACUACUGAUGAGGACGCAGGUGCCAACGCUGUUAGCCGCUACACCAUUAGUGAUACAAGUCUUCCCUUUAGCAUCAACCCCAGCACAGGAGACAUAACCAUAAGCAGGCCUCUAAACAGAGAGGACACUGAUCAUUACAUCGCCAAAGUCUCUGCUCAUGAUUCGGGCUGGACUGUCAGCACUGAUGUCACUAUAUUCGUGACUGACGUAAAUGACAACGCUCCUAGAUUUAGCAGGCCAUCCUACUACCUUGACUACCCUGAACUUACUGAGAUCGGGUCACUAGUCACCCAAGUCUCUGCUACAGACCUUGAUGAGGGAUUUAAUGGUAAAAUAUUCUAUUUCAUUAGGUCUCAGUCUGAAUACUUUCGCAUUAAUUCGAGCACUGGGGAGAUAUUUAUCAAGCAGCAACUCAAAUAUCAAAAUUCAACUGGCCAUAGUAAUGUUAACUUAAACAGGCAUAGCUUCAUUGUGACAGCAUCUGACAGAGGUGUCAAACCUCUGAUGAGCGAAACCACUGUGAUUGUAAAUGUAAUCGACAGCAAUGAUAAUCCUCCCAUAUUUGAGUCAUCCUCCUAUUUCACUCCCGUCACUAAGAGCGUCAAAGUUGGCACCAAACUCAUCAAGGUUACAGCACAUGACAAGAAAGACUAUGGUGUCAACUCUGAAAUUGAGUACGCAGUAUCAGGAGGCAACAGCUCGAGUAAAUUCCGUUUGGAUAAGCAGAUUGGGUGGGUCACUGUUGCCUCUUCUCUUGCUUCUGACAUUAAUAAAGUUUAUCUGCUUGAGAUAACAGUGAGAGAUAAAGGGACCCCACCUCUUUCAGAUAAAACUACUCUUAAAAUUGCUGUUACAGAAGAAAAUCACCACACUCCAGAGUUUUCUCAAAGCCAGGUUACUGCCACCGUCUCUGAAAGUCUUACUGUUGGGACAGCAAUCCGCACUCUUUCUGCAAGAGACAAAGACAAGGACAAACAAAUGAAUGGACUCAUCACAUAUGACAUUUCUUCAGGCAAUGAUGAUGGCCUGUUUUCAGUCAACAGUAAAACGGGGGUCUUGUCCUUGGCUAAACCUUUAGACUAUGAGAAAAAACAAAAACACGAGCUUAGAAUAUCAGCUACAGAUGGAGGAUGGAUAGCCAAGACCAGCUAUGUUACAGUUAAUAUCCAUGUUACUGAUGUGAAUGACAAUCCACCAGUGUUUGACCCAGAUGAGUACUUCCCUGUUGUGCAGGAAAAUGUGCCAAGUGGUACCACAGUGGUUAAAAUGAAUGCCACAGAUAAAGACUCUGGUCCCAAUGCUGUUUUGGCUUAUGUCAUCCAGUCCUCCGACAGUGACCUUUUCAUAAUAGAUCCCAACACAGGUGUCAUCACUACACAAGGUUUUCUUGACUAUGAGGCCAAACAAGUAUAUCAUCUAACUGUCAAAGCAUUCAACAUUCCUGAUGAAGAACGCUGUAGCUUUGCAAAUGUCAACAUUCAACUCAAAGGCGCCAAUGAAUAUGUUCCUCGUUUUGUGUCUAAGCAAUACUACUUUGAGGUUUCAGAGGCUGCAACCAAAGGCACCAUUGUUGGGGAGGUGUUUGCAAGUGAUAGGGACUUGGGACAGGAUGGUGUUGUUUAUUACUUGAUUUUUGGCCGAAGCAGGAGAAAAGGUUUUGGCAUCAAUAAAAACACUGGCCAGAUCUAUGUCACAGGACCUCUUGACCGUGAAAAAGAAGAAAAAAUCUCCUUGAAAGUCCUUGCCAAAAAUGCAGGCAGUAUAAGAGGGGCAGAUAUUGAUGAAGUGUUUGUGAAUAUCACAAUCCUUGAUGCCAAUGAUCCUCCAGUAUUUACUCAAGAGUUAUAUGAUGUUCAAGUUAGUGAAGGGCUGUCACCUGGAGGUCUUGUCACCUUUGUGAGCGCUGAGGAUUCAGAUUCGGUGCCAAGCUGGAGCAGAUUCACCUACUCCAUUGCUGCUGACCAUGAAUCAACUGCUUUCACAAUCAACCCACAAACUGGACAGGUUUCGGUGGCAGCUGAGCUGGAUCGUGAGACCACACCUGUGUACAACUUGACCUUGCUGGCUAUAGACUCUGGCUCACCCGCAGCUACUGGUACUGCCACUUUGAUUGUAACUCUAGAGGACAUUAAUGAUAAUGGGCCCACAUUAGUGACCGUGAGUGGAGAGGUCAUGGAGAACCAGAGAGCUGGAACGGCAGUGAUGACCCUUAGCGCCACUGAUUCAGAUCUGGCACCAAAUCAAGGCCCUUUCUCCUACAGUCUGCUUACAACUUCAUCAGCUGCAACUUACUUCACCUUAACCUCAUCAGGGGAGCUUAGUACCAGUCGGGAGAUAGACCGAGAACAGAUCAGUGAUUUCUACCUUUCUGUGCUCAUCAAAGAUUCCGGCAUUCCUCAAAUGUCUUCCACAGGCACCAUCCAUGUCAAAGUCAAUGACCAGAAUGAUAACCCUUCUCAGCCUCGCUCUGUUGAGAUCUAUGUUCAUUACUUUGGCAACAUGUUCCCUGGAGGGUCCCUAGGGAUUGUGAAGCCUCAGGAUCCAGAUAUACAGGACACAUUCCAUUGCACCUUGAUCCCCCCUGUUUCAAGCCUUUUUAGUAUUCCCAAAGGAACCUGUGACCUCAGUUCAAAUUCCAGAUCCACAGAUGGCACAUUUGACCUAUCAGUGCGGAGCAGUGAUGGUGUACAUGGUGCUGUCAACAGCAAUGUGCGUGUUUUCUUUAUUGGGUUCAGCAAUGCUACAGUGGACAACAGCAUACUGAUCCGACUCAAUUCCCAAAGUAUCAGCAACUUCCUUAAUAACCACUACCUCAGUUUCUUACGCAUCGCAAACUCACAGCUAGCAGGUCUUGGUACUGGAGUUCAGCUCUAUGGGGCAUUUGAGUUGAACAACCAGACCUUCCUUAUGGCAGCUAUCAAACGUGGUCAUGGACAGUAUGUAAACCCAAGUGGUGUGACUACUUUUUUCCAGAGUAUAAAAGAAGCCUUGCACAGGCAAAGUGGGGUUAAAAUAGAUUCUGUGGACCACGACCCCUGUACUAACAACCCUUGCCAGAAUGGCGGCAGCUGCAAACGGCGCCUUGGUGUCGGCCCAGACAUGAUGACUGUGGAGAGUGUCCCAGUCAUUCUUGUCUCAAAUCGUCCCCUACAACCCUAUGUCUGUAACUGCAGGCCAGGAUAUGCUGGUAGUCUGUGUGAAACUGACAUCAAUGAAUGUCUUCCAUCACCUUGCCACAAUGGAGGAACCUGCCAUAACCUUGUAGGUGGCUUUUCAUGUUCCUGCCCAGAAGGUUUCACUGGAAUGGCAUGUGAAAGGGAUGUCAACGAGUGCCUGUCUAAUCCAUGCAAGAAUGGGGCACUGUGCCAAAAUUUCCCCGGUGGCUUCAACUGCCUUUGCAAAUCAGGAUUUGCAGGGAAAACCUGUGACUCCAUCAUCAAUUACUGUGAGUGUAACCCCUGUUUCAAUGGAGGCUCCUGCCAGAGCCGUGUGGAAGGCUAUUACUGUCACUGUCCGUUUGGCGUUUUUGGAAAACACUGCGAGCUUAACAGCUAUGGAUUUGAGGAGCUGUCUUAUAUGGAGUUCCCAAGUUUGGAUCCCAACAAUAAUUAUAUUUACAUUAAGUUUGCCACACUGAAGGAAAAUGCCCUGAUUAUGUACAAUCAUGACAACCAGACCGGUGACAAAGCCGAGUUUCUGGCGCUGGAGAUCUACGAAGGUCGGAUGAGAUUUUCCUUUAACUUGGGCAGUGGCACCUACAAGCUCAUGACUAUGGUUCGAGUUUCAGAUGGUCAGUUCCACACGGUCAUAGCCAGGAGAGCUGGAAUGGCUGCAUCGCUCACUGUUGAUCUGUGUGGAGAAGAACAGGAGCCCGGGUACUGCGCUGUCAGCAAUGUGGCUGUCCAUACUGACUGGAUUUUGGACGUACAGCCUAAUCGUUUGUCAGUCGGCGGUGUUCGGGCGAUCGAACCACUCUUACAGCGCAAAAAUCAGGUGAACACACAUGAUUUUGUCGGCUGCAUCAUGGAAUUUGCCAUCAACGGACGCCCUCUGGAACCAUCUCAGGCUCUAUCAUCUCAAGGCAUCUUAGAUAGAUGUCCCAGGAUGGAAGGAACGUGUGUCACUAACCCUUGCAGGCAUGGUGGGACAUGUUUGGACAUGUGGUCAUGGCAACAGUGCCAAUGCGCUGAAGGACUCACGGGCAAAUACUGUGAGAAAUUCAUUUCUGCAGAUUCGGCUCUAUCCCUUGAUGGUAGCGGCCGUUUGGAUUACUCUUUUCGUCAGAGCUGGAAGAGAGACGUGAUGAUGCAGCGGAAUUUGCAGAGCUUCUCACACACAUACCCACAGUCACAAACACACUUGCAUACACACUCCGAGAGCAGCAGCCUGGAGCUGAAGUUCCGCACUCGCAGCAAUACUGGAACAAUUUUACACGUCCAGGAGAUCUCUAACUACACUACUGUCAGGCUGAAGAACGGGAACCUGCAGUAUGUGUCUGACGCAGGUGUGGCAGGGAAGGUGGAGAGGAUUUUGGGAGAUGGAGUUUUCUCAGACGGUCAAUGGCACACGCUGCUGUUACAGAGAAACAUCUCCUCCACCACAGUCCUCAUCGACGAAUCAAUCCUGCGCGUCAUCACACACACCACGCAGGACUUCGGAGGUCUCGACGUCCUCACACUGUCGCUCGGAGGAGAGCCGCCGCGGACCAACCCGCAGAAGACCACACCAGGUUUUGAUGGCUGCUACGCAUAUGUAAAGUACAACGGCGAGCUCCUGCCAUUCACCGGCGACCACCGAACUGUCUCCAUCUCUAUUUCUGGGACAGAAGAGUCAGUGAAAAUCGGUUGCCGUGGGCCAAACAUGUGUGCUAGUGCUCCCUGCUGGGAUGGCAUGAUGUGCGUCAACCAGUGGUUUAGCUACCAGUGCGUUCCUCCUGGAGACUGUGCUUCCAGUCCCUGUCAAAACGGCGGCAGUUGCGUCCCCGCUAACCGUGGUGGCUUUAGCUGUGUGUGCGAUGAACUGUACACAGGACGAGUGUGUGAAACCCUGGUGGCAUGCCUGGGUGUAACUUGCCCACAUGGCACGGUGUGCAAAGUUGGAACCAAUGGAGGUUUUAGUUGUGUUUCUGACUCCAAUAACGAAGAAUUCAUUUUGCCAAUUUGGGCGGUUCCAGCAAUUGUGGGCGGCUGUGCCACAAUUCUUGCUCUGUUGGUGCUUGGCCUUAUUUUACACAAUCACUGCAAAGGUGGUGGAAAGACGGCUGUACCAAAGGAGGAAAAGAAAGCAAAGAAAAAGAAAAAGAAGAAGAAGAAGGGAAGCGAGAACGUGGCAUUUGAUGAUCCGGAUAACAUCGGGGACGUUGACAUGACGGUGCGGAAGCAGCCAGAAGGAAAUCCAAAGCCAGAUAUCAUUGAGCGUGAGAAUCCCUACCUGAUAUAUGAUGAGACAGACGUCCCAGAGAGUGGUGAUACGAUUCCAAGCGCACCAGAAAUCGCAGAAAUUGAGCACUAUGACAUUGAUAAUGCCAGCAGCAUCGCACCAUCUGAUGCCGACAUUGUCCAGCAUUACAAGCAGUUCCGAAGCCACACCCCCAAAUUUAGCAUUCAGAUCCAACGCCAUAGUCCUCUGGGUUAUGCUCGCCAAUCACCACUAACCUUGGGCGCUGCUAGUUACACUUAUCAACCUUCUUACACUCAAGGACUCCGCCAAACACCACUUAGCCAUGCCCCCUGCCCUACACCCACCCCUUUGUCCCGCCACAGCCCUGCGCAUUUUAGCAAACCGGCCUCAUUUUACCGCAACACACCAACACGGGAGAUGAAUCUGAAUCUGGCGAGGCGUGAUGGAAGCCCGCUGGACCUUCAUGGAGACGCUUGCCAGUCAGCAGCUAUCUUUAAUUACACAGCAUCGCGCCUUGGAAGGCGCAGCAAGAGCCCGCAAACGAUGGCGGGUCACGGGUCAAGGCCCGCAAGCCGCUUGAAACAGCCAAUUGAGCAAAUUCCAUUGGAGACAGGGCCUCCUAUUGGAUUGUCCAUAGAAGAAGUGGAGCGACUCAACACUCCGCGACCCAGAAACCCCAGCAUCUGCAGUGCUGAUCACGGACGCUCGUCUUCUGAGGAAGACGCCCGACGUCCGCUUUCUCGUGUGCGAAAUCCCGCAGAUGGAAUUCCAGCACCAGAUUCAUCCUCCGAGAGUGACUCACAUGACUCCUUCACCUGCUCUGAGAUGGAAUAUGACCGGGAAAAAACGGUCAACUAUGGUUCUCGAGUUCCAAAACUAUCACAAGUUAACGAAUCUGAUGCUGAUGAUGAAGAUUACGGAGGGGGAAGAAUCAAGCAAAGGAGGUAUUCAAGUCGUAGGGCAGAGGGCGGGGCCAGUGGAGGCCACACCCCCUUUGGGGAGUAUCAGCAUCACACACUGCCCCACAAACUGGGCCAAGGAUCUGGCAACUUCAACUGGGACAGCCUACUAAACUGGGGACCAGGAUUUAGCCAUUAUGUUGACGUUUUUAAAGAUUUAGCUAUGCUUCCAGAAAAUUCUAAUGCUGCUAACGAUGUUGAAAUGAACAGCGGCGAUGGUUCGGUUACCAUCAUUGCCGAGGGAGAGGCAGAGCAAUACGUAUGAGAUAUUCUCUCUUGGACCAAUCAGGACUGGAUGGACUACGGACAGAGAGAAGGCAAUCGCUUGCAAUAAUUAAUGUUCUUCUUUCUUUGUCUUUGUUUUUUGGUACUUGUAUUUCUAAGAAGACGAGCUUAAAUGCAGUAAGGCAGAGCGAUACAUCUGUGAUGAUUCUCCUGAUCUCUGUUAAGUAAGAAAGAUUUUAAAUAGUCCAAUAAGUCUGAGUCCAUUACCAAAAACUGUUUGUUUCACUGUUGAUUCUAGUGUUACAGAGUCCAAAAUCUCAAAUAAAAACAUAAGCAAUGGAGCUUCUUGUUCAACAAACCACAGCAGGAAGUUUGAAUUUUACAAAUCAGAAAUUGAUUAUCUUCUCCAAGCACUAUUUGUCUUUUUCCCCAAAUUGUUGCAAAACCAUUUUAGGGCUGGACUAUAUAUAUAUAUAUAUAUAUAUA